AUGGGUGGAGCGAAUCACUCUGUGGUGUCAGAGUUUGUGUUCCUGGGACUCACCAACUCCUGGGAGAUCCAGCUUCUCCUCUUUGUGUUCUCCUCCAUGUUUUAUGUGGCAAGCAUGAUGGGAAACUCCCUCAUCAUGCUCACUGUGACAUUUGACCCUCACCUACACUCCCCCAUGUACUUUCUGUUGGCCAACCUCUCCUUCAUUGACCUGGGAGUUUCUUCAGUCAUUUCUCCUAAGAUGAUUUAUGACCUUUUCAGAAAACGUAAAGUCAUCUCCUUUGGUGGUUGCAUCACUCAGAUCUUCUUUCUCCAUGUCAUUGGUGGUGUGGAGAUGGUGCUGCUCAUCGUCAUGGCCUUUGACAGACAUGUGGCCAUAUGUAAGCCUCUCCACUAUUUGACCAUUAUGAAUCGAAAAAUGUGUAUUUUGCUUCUGGUUGCUGCUUGGGUAGUUGGCUUGGCCCACUCUAUGAUUCAACUGGUUUUUGUUAUAAAAUUGCCAUUCUGUGGCCCUAAUGUGCUGGACAGCUUUUACUGUGACUUACCUCAGUUCAUCAAACUUGCCUGCACAGAUACUUUCAGUCUAGAGUUCAUGGUCACAGCCAACAGUGGUUUUAUAUCUCUGGGGUCAUUCUUCAUAUUGAUUGCCUCCUAUAGUUUUAUCCUGAUCACUGUUAGGAAACACUCCUCAAGAGGCUCAUCCAAGGCCCUCUCCACUUUGUCAGCUCAUAUCAUGGUGGUGAUUUUGUUCUUUGGUCCUUGCAUCUUUGUUUAUACCUGGCCUCACCCCACAUCAUGCGUAGACAAAUUUCUUGCUGUUUUUGAUGCAGUUCUUACUCCCUUUUUAAUUCAGUCAUCUAUACAUUAA